AUGGCGUCUGCCACGUUGCGGCCGGAAAGGCCGCCAGAUUCGUUUACGAUCAGACGCAAGCCUGUAUCAAACCCGAACCUACGACAAAGUGCAGUCGCCCAGGCCCCAGCGUUGGGACAUUCCACGACCUCUCCCGCUCUAGUGCCAUCAUCCUCAGUGUACCCUCCAUCCUAUACCGAACUCUACGGGCCUGUGUCACAUGGGUCUCGUCCCAUUAGCCCAGUCCCACGACCACGUACCGCAGGAGGCACAUCGCCUUCCAAAACGCCACCUCCCCCUUCUCCAACUCCUGUCCAAAAAGCCUACGGUGAAGCUCGACACUUCCUCGGAGGAUUGAUCAACCACCCGACGGAAUCUAAUAAGCAUGUUACCAUACUGCGCCACUCCCACGGACUAGUAUUCUAUCGUGGAGACUCUACCUCGGUCGCUAUCUCGAUAUUCUCCGAUACCCCCUUGCCCCCAGAUCGGACAAUAUGGCUGCAAAGUAAAGGAUGGACUGGCAAGACUGGAAUGCGCGCAAAGGCAAUGCUUCGUCUACACGAUAGCUGGCUUGAUGUAACCCCGGCAAUGCCAUUGCAUGCGGAUCAAAUAAACCCAGAUGACGAGCGAGCCUGGCAACGCGACAUCAAGAAGUUUCGCAAGAAAGCGCCUGCCCGACCACGAGACACUCAUCUAUUACGAGAAACUGCCGUGGUGCGAAUACCUGCAAAUGGUGGGGAUGGUUACUUCCAACUCGUACUCUGUCAGGGCCCUAAGAAGAAGGUUAUUGGUAAUAGUCCUGUGUUCCGUGUGCUUUCGACAUCAACCAGCCCCAGUUCUCUCCGUGGCGCAAGUCUCAGCACUCUACCCUUGGAAGUCGGGGCAAUGGUCGUUAGUCUUUAUGCAAGGACGGCAGCUCAGACCAUAGUAUCGCCUGCUUCCUCAGCUAUAACAGCCAAAGUUGAUCCUUAUCGUCCGUCGUGGCUUACUCAAACGGCAGCGCAGACCGCUUAUUCAGCUAGUGGUGUCCAGGACAGAGUUGGAGGAAUUAUGAAUGGUUCUACAAGGUCUCGCCAAAGAGAAACUGCCCAACAAUCCCAUUCGGUAGAAAUUUUCAAUGGUGUUUCUCCAAUGGAACUUGGUCCUCGGCCACCCUUUCCGAUGACAUUCAAAGCCCGAGGCCAAGUUCUAGAGCCACCGUCACCUAAUAGCAUCGGUGAUAGCCCAAGGCUUACACUUCAUAAGGUACCAGACUGGGUGCCUCAGCAACUUCGAGGCUAUUUCUUUGGCUGGGCUCGAUUCGACUUUGAAACAAGCAAAGAGUCCAGCGUCAGCGGGUGGUAUCCAGCCGUGCUUUCUAUUCGCACCCUAGAUCCAUUGCAAACCUCUCGUAUUGAUAUAGCCCAACUUGCAAAACUUGUCGUGAAACUACGCUUGCUUGAUGACGUCCCUCCUCAAUCAAGCAAAAUAGAAGUCCGUGUCAUGGGAUAUCUUCGGGCUGAUAUUCCACCCCCAACGGGCAAGACCAGCCAAGAACUGGCUGAUGCACAGGCUGCCGCAGCGGAGGCUGCUAUGCUUGCAGAUGCAUAUGACGAAUCAGUUGUGCUGAACACACUGGCCGGUGCAGCCUGGGCCGCGGAAAUGCAAACCCCAGUUGAAAUGUCACGAUCAAAUACUGGGUGGAUUGAUCGAACCCGCGAUGGAUGUGCCAAUGUGCGAACUCGCGGGCAGAAGUGGGUGGAGCAAGUACCACUCCAUCGCCUUGGAGUCCGCUCGGCAACUGAUGAUGCGAGAGAUAGCCAAGUCGCGGUGAACGGAUUCUACAUUGUCCGGUGA